UUGAUAAUGAUCGAGGUGGUGGUGAUUAGGGCUUGGAGGAGUUGGGGGUAUUGAUUGAAGGAAUCAAUUCAAGCUACGGGAAAGGAUAAUCAGUGAUUUAUGGAAGCGUUUUGAACAGAUAUUGCAAAUGGGGAAGGAACCGAGUCGAUGUUGAUGUGUUGGGUUCAGUUUGAUUAUAAAGAUGAAGAAGGAAGUGAGGAAAGAUUGAGAAGUUAUCUGCUGCCAAGAACAAGGAUUAAGCUUAAUGGGUUCUGAUUACAAUUGCAGGGAAGAACUAGUGGUGUCGUAUGGAGUUGAGUUGUGGUUUUGGUACGAGUUAGUGAUGGAAGACUUAGAUGGUAAAGAUUAAUGGAGAUUCAGGGUUUGAGAUGGAAUCAGAGAAUGUUGUUUUACGAAUUGAGUUCUGAUGCCAUUAACUGAAUAUGGGGAUGAAUGUAACUGUAGAUGGAUUUGUGUAAUGAGCUGAGAGGAGAAAUUCAGAAGUUUGAGUCUGGUGGUCGAAAAAAUGGAGUCUGAGGUGGGUUGAAUUCUAUUUCAGAGAUAAAGAAGAGAUGAUAAUGAGAACUCGAGUUGAUUUUGGGUUUUGGAAGAAUCUUUAUGGUGAUGGUUCUCAUUUUAAUGGAGUUUUGUUGUUUGAGAUGUUGUUGUAUGAGUCAAGAUAUGAAGUUGCAGCUGAAAUGGAAAUGGUGCAGUUUCGAUGGCUUGAGAAUGCCGAUAUUGAUGAGCAAUUGCAGGUGUUUCCUGGAGUUGUAUUUAGUGGAAAAUGGUUUGCAGAAAGGAUGGUUGCAGCUGCGGGUUCUAGUGGUGUUGAGGUACAGGUGGUAUGAACUAUAAACUGAGUUUUUGGUGAUGGAUGGUGGAUCUGAGCUGCUGCUACUGGUGAUUGAAAAGGGUGGUGAAAUUGCAGUUGAUAGUCCUCAAUCUAAACAGAGAAAGAGAAAACUCGAGAAAAAGAUUGAGCGGCAAGAGGACAAGGCUAAUGAUGUUGAUAUGGAUGAUGUUAAUAAUCCUGCGUCGGAGAACUGGUUAAAGAAGAAUAGACAGAGUCCUUGGGCUGGGAAGAAACAAGGGGUAGAGGUUGAACUUACAGAGGAGCAAAAGAAGUAUGCUGAAGAGUAUGCCGUGAAAAAGGCUGAGAAGGAGAAGGGAAGUGGUGAUAAUGAAGGGGAAGUUGUGGCUGAGAAGAGUACAUUUCAUGGGAAAGAAGAGAAAGAUUAUCCUUGAAGUUGUUAUAAAUGAAAUUGUAGAUGCAAAAAACACCAUUGAAAUUGUGAGGUGCAGUAAGUUAUUUGAAUUUGUAGAGAUUUUCAAGUUUCUAUUGAGUUCGAAAUUUUAGUAUAAUCUAUUGUUGUAUGUUAAAUGUCCUUGAAUUCUAUUUUUAUGAAUUCAGUUUUG